GGGUGUGAGGGGUUUAAGAACACAGGGUUCGGUGGUUUUCAGGGGGUUUUUGUUGAUCAGACAAUAGCCCAAGUCUCUAGGUGUUGUCUCCUUAAAAGGGUCACAAGGGGUCUGAAGUUCCAUUUGGCCAAUACCUUAUGUAAACCAAUGAUGGUAUUUUAUCUGCUUGAAUUUCAAGAGGGCGACCUCAACAUGGGGUGAAGUGGUGUUCUUCUAAUGUCCACUUACGUGUUCUGAUCUUGGGAGUCUGCAAAGCUUGAAGAAGGCGAUAAUAUUUUAUCUGAUGACUUUUUCUUACAGGAAUGAUUGUCUGAGAUAUGGUGUUGCAGAAGCGGUUGAACUAUGGUUUUAAUGGCUAUCAGGUGCCUGUCAUUCCUAAAGCUUCAAGGUCAGCUAGGGGGAGGGGCACAAUCAGGAAGAAACCUGACAGUAGUCAGAUUCAGGCAUUUGAAAUUUUGGCUAGUGUAGCUGGCAACUUUUUGCAGGAGAAUGAGAGUUCAAUUCCUGAUAAUGUCAGCCCUGCGAAAGAUCCUCACGCAUAUGCUGGUAUUAUCAUAAAGGACAAACAUGAGGAUGAAGGAGGGUCAUUCAAGGGGGACCUAUUUGAGCAUGGAACUUGCAGUGAAAUUGCCUCUGCCUGUGUUCUUAGUUUGCAAGGGAAACAUGACAACCAAAGAGUCAUGGGUGAUUCAUCUUUUCUUGGCAAUCAUCAUCUUGAAGGCCAAGGACAGAAUGUCCCUGAGAGGAAAGAUGAAAGGAUAAAAGGGAGAAGUGUAAAUGAGAAAAUCAUCCACAUCAAAGGAAGCUCUGAUGGGUUAAUUGAAACAGGCCAAAGAGCAUCUAAAGAUUGCAGUUCAGAAAAUAACGUGGGAAAGACUUCGCUGGAAGGCCGCCGGCAUCUUGAUUCUUCACCCAAUGGUUCCACUGCUAGGAAAUUAGUUAAUAGAGAUGAUGACGAAAACUUUGUUCAGUACACUCAACUGAACACCAAGAAUAAGAUAUCUGGUGCACCACCAGAUACGUUAAAAUUGAAGGAUGCAAGUCCUUUUAUGAGUGAUGAGAACAAUAGUAGGGGCAAUUCUGCACUUGAAAAUUCCCAAAGGAUGUAUCCAUUUAAGAAGAGGAAGUUCUUCAAUCAGACCUCAUCAUCGGCGUCUGAUAGGGGUUCUCAGUGUCAAGGCAUAUUUGAUUCUUCUGACACAAAAGUUAAUGGCACAAACCAUGGCACAGCAAUUGAAGAAUCAUCCUCUAUAGCUGGAGCUGGUCAACAAGUUCAUCCUGGGUCCAGGAGUUGUAAUGUGAAGCUUAGCAUAAAAUCCUUUAAAGUCCCUGAGCUUUUUAUUGAUAUACCUGAAACUGCAACUAUUGGUUCACUGAAGAGGACCGUAAUGGAGGCUGUGACAGCUAUACUAGGAGAUGAACUACAUGUGGGCAUUCUCCUUCAGGGAAAGAAAGUACGAGAUGAUAGCAAAACUCUGAUCCAGACUGGGAUAUCUCAAGAUGAUAAACGUCAUAGGUUGGGGUUCAUGUUGGAGCCUAGACAUACUCCAAUUUCUCCAUCUUCAUACAAUGAAGACCCUUGUUUUCUAACCACUGGUUCAAGACAAAAAUUAUCCAGGCAAUCAACAUCUUUGAUGUUACAACAAGGAACAUAUAAUGUGUCCCAAGAACGUUCUAUGAUCAAAAUUGAAAGUUGUCCUGAGGGUGAUCUUAAUGUGGUUUCCUCUCUAGCAGAUACUUCAGCUAACAAUAACAUGUCAAAGUGUCGCGCUCUGGUAGCAGUUCCUACCAUUAACAUGGAGGCAUUAGCUGUGGUUCCAUUCAGGCGCAAGUCUGGGAAUCCUGACUUCGCACAGCGCCGAAUCAGGAGGCCAUUCUCUGUCCUAGAAGUAGAAGCACUGGUUCAGGCAGUUGAAAAACUUGGAACUGGAAGGUGGCGUGAUGUCAAACAACGUGCUUUUGACAAUGCAAAGCAUCGAACCUAUGUUGAUUUGAAGGAUAAGUGGAAGACAUUGGUGCACACCGCAAGAAUCUACCCUCAGCAAAGGAGGGGAGAACCUGUUCCACAGGAGCUUCUGGACAGGGUUUUGGCUGCUCAUGCCUAUUGGUCUCAACAACAAUGUAAGCAUCAACUUAAACCACUGUGAGCCAUUUCUAUAUAGAAGAACGCAGAAGAACGAGGUACUUUGGUGCAAUAGUAGAGUGUCCAGAAUUAUUUAGAGUAGUUAUGAUCAAAGUUGAUAGUUAUGCUGCAAUAGUACAUUUCAAAUACAUGUGAUCCAUAAUUUAUCUUACCUAAGCCUGAUAUUGGUUUGGUGAUUUGUACAUGAUUGAUUGACCUAAAGGGAAUAUGGUGUGACUCCUACCAUCCCUUGUGGUCAAUUGUUGGUAUGCAAUAUGCUAUCAAAUGCAAACUAGAAUAAUGAAUAAUGUAUAGAAGUUAAACCUCUUAGAAUUUGUUA